CUAGAUCUGAUCAUGUCUCACUCAGGUGCUCAGGGCAGUAUUGGCAGCCACUCUGCCAUGGGGAUGCACAAUCACAAGAUAUACCUCUAUGAAUAUGAGAAUUUCCAAGGCCGUAGGAUGGACCUGUUUGGAGAGUGCCGUAACCUGUGUGAGAAGGGUUUCGACAGAAUCGGCUCCAUCAGGGUGGAGUGUGGACCCUGGGUGGGUUACGAGCAGCAGAACAUGACUGGUGAGAUGUUCAUGCUGGAGAAGGGAGAGUAUCCCCGCUGGGACACCUGGUCCAACAGCUACAGGUGUGACCGCUUCAUGUCGGUCAGACCCGUCCGAAUGGAUCCCCAGGACCACAAGAUUUGCCUGUAUGAGUGCCCAAACUUCGAGGGUCGUAAGAUGGAGGUUUGUGAUGAGGAUAUUCCAAGCCUGUGGUCUUACGGCUUCCAGGACCGCGUUGCCAGCCUUCAGGUCACCGGUGGAACCUGGGUGGGCUACCAGUACCCUGGCUACCGUGGCUACCAGUACGUGUUUGAAAUGGGCCCUUACAAGCACUGGAACGACUGGGGAGCCCACCACGCCCAGAUCCAGUCCAUCCGCAGGGUGAGAGACAUGCAGACACACCGCAGGGGCUGCUUUGAGAUGACCGCAUAG